ACCUCCCAGUCCUGUUAAGCUCAGCUAAACACUCUUCACAAUACAAAUCCCUGUGCACUGCAAGUCAGCAUGUUUGCACACACGGAGCUUUGCAAGCUGGAGACUGUAGUCCAGUUCAGUGAAGAGCCACUUGCCCUGGUGAUUAUACAAAGUGGACAAGAACCACAUAGCCCAGCAUGACUUUCUACACCUGCUUAUUUAUCCAGUGGUUACUGGGUGAACUGAAACAGUGACCAAUCGGAUGAUCAUCUUUUAAUUCUGAUACUAAAACGCCUCGAAAACAGUCUUGUCAGCGCUUAUUUUGGAAUUUAGUUCAGAGGAAUAGUUGAUCGGUUGGUUUCGGACCAAGAAUCAUCUGCCUGAGAUUUCUGAUUUUGUCAGGACUUCUACUGAACAUGCAACCAGGGGUCUGUGUGCCCACUGCGGCUGUGCUCGGCCUGUUUUGCCGAGGUUGUCUCAGCAAGGCGCGGAGUGUGCCCGGCAGCCUCAGCUGUUUGCACAGGCAGAUGAGCAGAUGGAACAGCCAGGACACCAGCAGCCCCCCAUCUUCACAGGAGAACCCCCGUAUCCUCAUCACGGGUGGUCUUGGGCAGUUAGGUGUGGGACUGGCACAGAUACUGAGGAAAUAUUAUGGAACGGAGAAUGUCAUCCUGUCAGACAUUAAGAAGCCUCAACCUCAUGUUUACGACAAUGGUCCAUUUGUAUACGCUGAUGUGUUGGACUACAAACAUCUCCGUGAACUGAUAGUAAAUUAUCGAAUCACUUGGCUGAUCCACUACAGCGCUCUGCUUAGCGCUGUGGGUGAAGCCAAUGUGGCUUUGGCACGCAAGAUCAACAUCACUGGCCUUCAUAAUGUGCUGGACUUGGCCCUAGAGAACUGCCUGCGCCUCUUUGUCCCCAGCACCAUUGGAGCAUUUGGUCCCUCUUCUCCACGUGACCCGGCCCCUGACCUCUGUGUCCAAAGGCCUCGAACUAUCUAUGGCGUGUCCAAAGUGCAUGGGGAACUGAUGGGGGAGUAUCUCCAUCAUAAAUAUGGUCUGGAUUUCCGCUGCCUACGUUACCCAGGUGUGAUAUCAGUCAACACACCCCCCGGAGGAGGAACAACAGACUAUGCAGUUCAAAUCUUCCACGAUGCUCUAAGCACAGGGCACCACGAGUGCUACCUGCGUCCCGACACCCGCCUUCCCAUGAUGCAUGUCUCUGACUGCCACCGUGCCACAGUAGAGUUCAUGCAGGCUCCAGAGUGCCAGCUGUCUCUGCGUACCUACAACAUCGCAGCCAUGAGCUUCACUCCAGAGGAGGUGGCCCAAGAAAUCCGCAGGCAUCUCCCUCACCUCAAGGUCACCUACAAUCCCGACACUGUCCGCCAAACCAUCGCAGACAGCUGGCCCGUGAGGUUUGAUGACACCAAUGCCAGGAGAGAUUGGGGCUGGGCGCCGGUCUACAGGCUUGAGGAGCUGGUGUCAGACAUGCUGCGCUCCAUUCGAGACAAGAGGACAAACGAGGGUUUGCCAGUCAGCUAGCCAUACCCGCUGGACAAAGACUGACCAAUGCCUAACCCUUGACUUUUCUUCAGCCUGCAUUUACCGACGAUACACUUCUUUUCACAAGCUGUUAACCAGUAUCCUCUGUUACUCUGGAACAUUACAGCAAUGAGCCAGGGACUGUAUGUAAAGUAAAGUGGGAAUUCUCAGUCAGAUGCUCUCAAUGUACAGUGGACAAUGAGACAUCAUACACAUGCACUUAAACACACACAGUUCAGUCUUUUUCAGGGAAUAUUAUAGUAUCAAACCUUGCUUUCAUCUUUGUUGUUUUUAAUUGUUAUAAUGGUAUAAGCAUCACUCAACACGUGUUGCCUCAGACGGAACAGAAAAAGGCUUUAGAGAUGUCCAAAUGUCAUGCUAAUGCAUCAAUGGACACAACAGUCUUCAAAAAUGUCUAUGAAAAUGUUUAAUACUAAAUGGAGUUACACGUUCAGAGUAACAAAUCUGUUGUACACUUUGAUUCCAGAAUCAGCUGGAUUGGCUGGCUCAGUUAACUCUGGACUGUAAAGACUCAUUAUAAAAAACUCAAGGACGCAGUUUUUUAUAAUAAGUGAAUAUCACACAUUAUACAAUCCCAGUAUCCUUGCUGUGGCAUCGAACAGGAAGCCUUUAUUUUGCCUUUUUGCCAACAGUGUGAUUUUUAGUUAUGAAUGAGCACCGAUAACAAAUGGAGCCUUAUUUACGGUAGAUUACUUUAGAAAGCAAUGUAUGAAAAUGCAGUGUACCUUGAAUAAUAAAAAUUAUAUUUACCCCAA